AUGGCAGAGUUGUUAGCCACUGUAUAUUUGCUAUCUGUGUAUUGCUCUUUGAGGCAGCAUUACAAUCUGUUAUAUGCUAAUGCUUUUGCAGUUGGAGGAGGUGUUGUUGUGGAGGAUCAGCCAGAUGUGAGUGCAGUGUUGUCUGCCUACAAUCAGCAGGGGGACCCAACGCUGUACGAGGAGUACUACAGCGGUUUAAAAAACUUCAUUGAGUGUUCCCUGGACUGUCAUCGAGCCGAAUUGUCUCAGCUGUUUUAUCCUCUCUUUGUGCACAUGUACUUGGAGUUGGUCUACAAUCAACAUGAGAGUGAAGCUAAGUCUUUUUUUGAAAGGUUCCAUGGGGAUCAGGAAUGUUAUUACCAGGAUGACCUCCGUGUAUUAUCUAGCUUAACCAAAAAAGAACAUAUGAAGGGCAAUGAGACCAUGCUGGAUUUCCGAACAAGCAAGUUUGUUCUGCGUAUUUCCCGUGACUCUUACCAACUCUUGAAGAGGCAUCUUCAGGAAAAGCAGAACAACCAGAUCUGGAACAUUGUUCAGGAACAUCUCUACAUUGAUAUUUUUGACGGAAUGCCUCGUAGUAAACAACAGAUAGAUGCUAUGGUUGGAAGCUUGGCUGGGGAGGCAAAACGAGAGGCAAAUAAAGCGAAGGUGUUCUUUGGCUUAUUGAAAGAACCAGAGUUUGAUGUGCCUUUGGAUGAUGAAGAUGAAGAAGGAGAGAACGAGGAAGGAAAACCAAAGAAGAAAAAACCUAAAAGAGACAGUGUAGGGUCAAAAAGUAAAAAACAAGACCCUAAUGCUCCUCCUCAAAACAGAAUUCCUCUUCCUGAACUGAAAGACUCAGAUAAACUGGAUAAAGUGAUGAACAUGAAGGAAGCUGCCAGACGUGUGCGUCUUGGGCCAGAGUGCCUGCCUUCCAUCUGUUUCUACACGUUCCUUAAUGCUUAUCAGGGUUUAACUGCAGUGGAUAUUACAGAUGACUCUAGCAUGAUUGUAGGAGGCUUUGCUGACUCUACAGUCAGAGUGUGGUCCGUGACUCCGAAAAAGCUACGUAGUGUGAAAGCAGCAGCAGACCUCAGUCUGAUUGACAAAGAAUCAGAUGAUGUCUUGGAGAGGAUCAUGGAUGAGAAAACUGCAAGUGAGUUGAAGAUUUUAUAUGGUCACAGUGGACCUGUCUAUGGCACCAGCUUCAGUCCUGAUAGGAACUACCUGUUGUCCUGUUCUGAGGAUGGUACUGUCAGAUUGUGGAGCCUCCAAACAUUCACAUGUCUGGUGGGAUAUAAAGGACACAACUAUCCAGUAUGGGAUACACAAUUCUCUCCUUACGGAUAUUACUUUGUGUCAGGGGGACACGACAGAGUGGCUAGACUGUGGGCGACAGAUCAUUACCAGCCUUUACGGAUAUUUGCUGGCCACCUUGCAGAUGUGACAUGUACUCGAUUUCACCCUAACUCCAACUAUAUUGCCACUGGCUCAGCAGACAGGACUGUACGGCUCUGGGAUGUUUUAAAUGGAAAUUGUGUAAGAAUAUUCACUGGACAUAAGGGUCCGAUUCAUUCGUUGGCAUUUUCUCCUAAUGGACGAUUCCUGGCUACUGGAGCAACAGAUGGCAGAGUUCUGCUGUGGGAUAUUGGACAUGGCUUGAUGGUCGGAGAACUGAAAGGGCACACUGACACUAUCUAUGCGCUCCGAUUCAGUAGAGAUGGGGAGAUUUUAGCAUCAGGUUCAAUGGAUAACACAGUUCGGCUGUGGGAUGCAGUGAAAGCAUUUGAAGAUUUAGAAACAGAUGACUUUACUACAGCCACUGGACACAUAAACUUGCCUGAAAACUCACAGGACUUGUUACUAGGUACAUACAUGACCAAAUCAACUCCAGUUGUACAUCUUCAUUUUACACGCAGGAACUUGCUGCUAGCUGCAGGAGCCUACAGUUCACAGUAGAUCAGGAAGACGUAAGACUGGCUGUGCCAAAUUGUUGCAGCAGUGACCUCAGGAUGUGAGAUGAAGAGAAAUGUCUUGUAUGGGUGGACUUCACCAGUCCAUUGCAGGAAAAACAAAACUAUGUAAACUAACUCAAGCAACAUCUCUGUUCUGCUCUCAUAAUUCACAUAUUCUGCUCUCACAGUUUGAAAAUGCUGGAGAUUGACAAGACAAUGUGAGUUUGAAGGAAGGAAUUGUUUCAUGGUGCUUUUGAUAAAUGUGUACGUACGUGUAUAUAUAUGUAUAUAUGUGUGUAUAUAUAUAUACAUACUAUAUAUACAUACAUACAUACAUUUCAUAUUAUACAUUAUACAUACGUUUUCAUAUAUAUAUAUACACAUACAUACAUAUAUAUAUAUAUAUAUAUAUAGAAAAUGCCUGCCUCCUCUCAGAGAUGGUAUUGAGCUCUGCUGAAACUUCUGGAAAGUUAACAGCCUUGGUAUUUGUUCUCAAAUGAUUUUUUUUAAAGCACUUAAUGUACGGUUUGGUAAUGUUUAACCAGUCUCAAACACAGGUAAAAACUUCAGACUCAGAAAAGAAGAAUGUAGUUUAACUCACUAUUGCCUGGGCUGGGUAACAGGUAUGGUGAGAAUAUUACAGGAACAAACGGGGCAUUGAAAGAAUAAGCCCAAAAGGAAGAGGCUUGCGGGGAACUGCAGAGAAGUUAUAUGUAGUUUUUAUGCAUCUAAGUACCAAGUCCUGAAAAGAUUUCAAACUUCUGUGCUCUUUUGAGUUAUUAGAAAUGCAGAUCUUGUUAUUCUGUUCUGACAAGUAGCUGCUGCUGUGUGAUAAGCAACACAAGUUGCAAUGUGAAUUCUUUGGACGGAUGGUUUAGGGAAAAAGGACAACUGACAUGCAUCACCUAAUUUUAAAAACAAUAUACUUAAACCUUCAUAUGUUCUAUUAGACUUGAAAAACUUUAAAAAAACAGCAUCCUUUCAGCAUAUAGUUUAAUACAUCACACUGUAAAAACUAGUGAAGGAUCAAGAAAUUGCAGAGCAAAAAGCUUACUCAGUCGUCAGUAUGCUAUCAGUUUGCUUUUGAAAGGCUGGCUUGUCUGCUUAUGUGACAAUUGCCACCCAAAAAAACCCCUGCUGUACUCCAGUAAGUCUUGCUGGACAACCAGUAAAGCUCAGAGCUUCUAAGGAAAAGUAAAACAUACAAAACACUGGGAGGAUAGACCAUGUUUUGGGGUCUAUGAAUGGGAAUAUACGGAAAGGCCUCUUAGAAUCUUCUACAAACUACACACAAGGAAAUCUCAGUUUGUAUUCCCUGUUACUUGCAGUAAGGGCUCAGGCACUUAAACAAUCUGCUGGCUCUCUACUGAAGAUGCAGAAAACCAAGACUUUACAUUUCUAAGGUAAACAAAGAACUACCUCCUAUCUCAUCCUUUUUCUGACUAAGCCUUGGAGUAAAGGGGCAUUAGGGCAUUAAAUGUCAAAAUAAGGGUGGAAAAUUCAUAAGGAAACUAAUUUGGAAACUUUCUUUAAAGACAAAUGGUUAAAACUAAACUAUUAUGGAUUUUAUCUGUGAAGGUACAUCAAAAUUUCCUAGCACUCAAUAUGACCAGCUGGACUUAAAUAAAAUUGUAGUAAAUUAAGCAAGUUACCUAAAAGCACAUACAGCAUUGAGAGCUUGAAGAAAACACUGCUGCAUUCUGCCUUUUUAUUUUGUACAGUUUUAUACUUUUGAUAGUAUAAUAAAUACUAAAACCACA